AUGUUAACCUUUUUGCUCCUCCAUAUAACUGUAAUCAUUCUAACUUUAUCACCGAGAAUUAACUCCGUCAUGUACAGGGGAGAAAAAAUCCUUAAUACCAACGAUACAAGCACAUUACCUAAAUUACUCGACAUCUGUGUAGGGGGCAAAUAUCACAAAGUCAAACCGAGCUCCGAACUCUCGGAGGAAGGCCUCGCAGGGGAAUGCAGUAAAUGGUCUGGUCGGGCCUGUUGCUCGAAAGAAACCGCGCUAGCAAUAAAUAACCUCAACGUUAAAUGGCACAGUUUCGACUUGGAACAUUGCGAUGGGCCCAUAUCAGCCAAAUGUAAACGCCAUUUUGUCAGGGAUAACUGUUUCUUCGAGUGUUCGCCAAACGUGGGUCCAUGGAUUAGAAGACUUGAUGGCCAAAAAAAGCAUAGUUCUGAGAAAUUUUUUGACGUACCGCUGUGUGCUAGUGAGUGCGAUGCAUGGUGGAGUGAUUGUAAGGAAGAUAUGACUUGUACUGAUAACUGGUAUUACGGAUUCAAAUGGGUCAACGGCACUAACACAUGUAAGAACGAUUGCAAAAGUUUCGAAGCGAUAUUUCAAAAUGCCAAAAAUUUCUGCCAAAAGGUUUGGUAUCAUUCAUAUAAGUACGUGCCUGCCAAUUCUGACGAACCUUGUUUCAAACUUGAGUUUGAACCUCGAGCCGAUGGAUCAAACCCUAACGAUGAAGUUGCUAAAUAUUACGUAAGGCUAAUUUAA